AUGACGGACCAGGAAGAUGCUGCGCCGUCCGGGAACGUGGAGAUCUACCUUCGCGUCCGGCCAGACCCGAGGCCGUCGCCCCUCGUGACGCUUAACCAGAACGAUAACACGGUCAUGUGGGAGGUACCCAAGCUGGAGACCGGCGGGUACGUCAACAAUCAGCGGGAGAAGUACCAGUUCGGCUUCAACGGCGUCAUCGGGCCCGAGGCGAAACAGGACGAGGUGUUUGAGCGCGUGGCGAGCAGAUCCGUGCUGGGGGCGCUGGAGGGGUUCAACGGCACGGUUUUCGCAUACGGCCAGACCGGCUCCGGUAAGACGUUCACCAUCAGCGGCGGACACGACCGAUACGUCGACCGGGGCAUCAUCCCGCGCGCCAUCUCCCGGCUGUACAGCGAGAUCUCGAAGCGACACGACGCCACCUACUCGGUGCAAAUCACGUACGUGGAGAUUUACAACGAUCAGGGGUACGACCUGUUGGAUCCCGACCACGAGACCACCGCGCUGGAGGAUCUACCCAAGGUGCAGCUGCUGGAGGACGACGAGGGAAACGUGACGAUGCGCAACGUUAGCACGCACAGGGCGGACAACGAGGAAGAGGCGCUGAACCUGCUGUUCCUCGGCGACACCAACAAGGCCAUCACGGAGACGCCGAUGAACCAGGCGUCCUCGCGCUCGCACUGCAUAUUCACCAUGCAGGUGGAGCGCAGACAGCAGGGCAGCGACACCGUGCGCCGCGCGAAGGUAAACCUUGUGGACCUCGCGGGGAGCGAGCGCGUUCACAAGAUGGGUCUCGACGGUCAAACGCUGAUGGAGGCGAAGCACAUCAACCUCUCGCUCCACGCGCUGGAGCAGGUGGUGGUGGCGCUGCAGGAGAAGGCGCAGGGCACUGGGCGGAGCCACAUCCCGUACAGAAACUCCACGAUGACCAUGAUGCUGAAGGACUCACUGGGAGGUAACUGCAGGACGGUGAUGAUCGCCACCGCUUCCCCGCGAGGGGACCACCUGCUGGAGGGGAUCAGCACCUGCCGUUUCGCGCAGCGCAUCGCGAUGGUCACCAACGAGGCAGUCGUCAACGAGGAGGUCGACCCUGCUUUGAUCAUCAAACGGCUGCGAAUCGAGAACAGGGAGCUGCGCGACGAGCUGAGAAUCCUGCGCGGGGACAACGACGACGGGAGGGAGGAACUGACGGAGAGCGAAAUGGAGCGGCUUCGCGCGCAGGUGGCGGACUACUGCAAGCCGCCCGCCGCAAACGAGGAACCCACGCUCGAGCUGGGCGCGUCCAUGCUGAAGAUCAAGGCGGCGCUCAGGAUAUUCCGAGAGAUUGUGCUCCAGGGCGGAGGUGUCGUGGUGGGUAAAGGUGCCGCCGCGGGCGAGGCUGGGGAGGAUGGCGCGUGGCACCCGGAGGAGUUGAGGUCGGAGAUUAAGCGGCUAUCGCUCGUCGUCAAGCAACGCGACGACGAGAUCGACGUGCUCGUGUCGAUGCUGCGAAAGGGUGAGAGCGGGGAGAAGGGCGCGAUAAAAGCGACGGAGAUGCUUCGCGAGUCGCGCAGCAGGGGCCUCGAUGACGGAGACGGAGACCGAGACGACGGGCCCGCCGGCGGCCGAGACCGCGCGAAGGCGCCGGUGUCCUCGCGCGGGCUCCGGGCGCCCGCCGCCGAAAACGACGCCUUCGCUCGGGUCUUUGCGAACGAGCCGCGGGCGUCGCGCGAGCCCGACGUCCCGUUCCCCGCCUCCCCAGGUGGGAUCGCCGCGCUCGUCGCCGAUAGGACCCGCGCGUUCGAUCACUUCCGGGCCCUCAACGACCGCCACGCCGCGGUGGAGGAGAACAAGGUUGUUCUCAAGAAUAAGUUUGACGACGCCAAGGCUCUCGGCGAGUGCGUGACCCGCAGCAAGGGGGAGAUCAACCGGCUCAAGGGACUCAUCGAGGAAAUGCGCCAAACGCGGGCGGCGACCCGGGGCGGGGCACGCGACAAACGUGACGCCGACGACGACGAGAAACGUCUGGUGGUGGCCAUCGACGCCGAGAGGGCCGCGCACCGGAGGGCGUUUGACGAGCUCCGCGACGCAAAGAGGGAGAUUGACUCGCUGCAGAAGAUGACGACGCAGGCGGGCGCGAGGCUGGCGAACGAUUUCGAGCGGUGGUUCGAGCUGCUCGCCGAGCGUCACCGGGAGCUGGGCGGUGAUGACUCACCCCCGGCGAGUCCGAUUGGCAAGGCGAUCGAGCCGGAGAGCGCGGCGGAUCUGAGCCCGGCGCCGACGAUGUCGCCGCUGCGCGACGCCACCAACUCUCCGAAGGGCAGAAACGUUUCGGCCCCAUCGCAGACGGGCGCGCCGACCACCGGUAACGCGCGUGCGGAUGCGGACAUAAAGGCUUUUUACGAGGCUAGGGAGAGGUUGCUGAGGAUGCGGCGAGAGAGCGAGCUCCUGGCGUGAUCACGUAGCGGGCUUAUUAGCGCGAAAGCCGAUGGCUGACCGUUUUGUUAAACGAGUGGGCACGGCUGACUCA